AUGUCGUUAAGUCGUCAGUUUCUUGUGCCAACUAAUUAUGAUACCACAAAGCAAGUUUAUCCAACGGAAGAAGUCGUUCAUAAACGACAAUACCAUAUGGAUGCAGUCAAGUCAAUCAAAAUGUAUCACCAGACCUUGAAUCUUACAACUCCCGGUGAAAUCGAUUUUGCACCUGAUUGCUAUGCCGACAAAUUACGACGUCGAGCUAAACUUCGUUAG